AUGUGCAAACUCCUACCCCCCCCUUCUAGCGCCUGCUCGUCGACUCCUGAAUCACCUUCAAGCUCCGAUAUAGAGGGUCAAUUUUCAGAGCACCAAAACAGCACAUUCAACUCAGCGGCAAGCCCACUUAGCAGACAAUCGGUAAUUGAUGAUACUCGGAGUAGGCAAAAUGAUGAAUGUGAAUCACCUUACGUGGCGAUAUCAUCUAUUCAUCUCUCCAGCUCUACCAAUCAGCAGCAAGGCAAGGACUUCAAGUCGUAUCAUUUCACCUCGGCCGCAUCCCAGCAAUCCAUUCCAGGAAAUCAAAAUUUUGGAGAUUCAAACAACACAUCGCAUGAUAAUGAUGCAUACUUCCCAACGAAUUUGUCGCCAGACUCUGGUAUGGAGGAAGCUCUCAAUGACGAUGCUUUCGAAGCUUUCAACCCUUCACCGGAACCUGACCCUCCACUGUCAAUUGAUUUGUGGCAACGACUGUCAAUUGAUUGGUUGCAACGAUACGGUUGGGAGAUCGAUGAUAUGCUGCAGCAAAAUCAUGCGCCGAGCCUUGACCCACCACCGUCGACCGAUUGGGGGCAACAAUACGCGUGGAUAUUUGAUGAUAUGCUGCAGCAAAAUAGUGCGCCGAGACUUGACCCUACACCGUCGACCGAUUGGGGGCAACAAUACGUGUGGACGAUUGAUGAUAUACUGCAGCAAAAUCAUGCGCCGAAUAGCCUUGACCGCCCACCGUCGACCGAUUGGGGGCAACAAUACGUGUGGACGGUUGAUGAUAUACCGCGGCAAGGCCACUCAUCAUCACCCUCUUUUGCCUAG